AAUGGACAACCAUAGGGAUGCGCCAGGAAAGGCCAGCCGGUGGUUCGGCGUGUCCCAGUCCAAGUCGGCCAAGACGAGCGUGAACAUCCUGCAGCAGGAGGAGCUGAUCGCGCAGAAAAAACGGGAGAUCGAGGCGCGGCUGGAGCAGCAGGCGCGGCAGAAUUCCCUCAGCAUCCCGCAGCUCCCGCUGCUCGGAGAUGAUGACGGCUCUGAGAACGAGGCCUCCGUGUCCAACAAGUUUGUGAACGAUGGGAGCUUCCUGCAGCAAUUCCUGAAGCUCCAGAGGGAAAAAUCCAAUGCUGAACCUGCCCCGAAUGCCCCCAACAAUUCCCGGAGUGCCCCAAACCCCGGGAAGAAGCCGGCGCUGCUGGGCAAGCGGCCGGGCCAGGCCCUGAGCCGGAUGCUGCAGGCCCGGAGCCUCUCCCAGCCCAAAGCCAGCCCCGGCCUGAGCCGCCUCAGCGUCUUCCAGGCCCCGGAUGAGGAGGAGGAGGAGGAUUACGAGCAGUGGCUGGAAAUUAAAGUUUUGCCCCCAGAGGACUCGGAGACCAGGCAGGUGGUGGAAAAGCUGGCCAGGUUCGUGGCUGAGGGCGGCCCCCAGCUCGAGAAGGUCGCCAUGGAGGACUACAAGGACAAUCCUGCUUUUUCGUUUUUGCAUGAUAAGAACAGCAGGGAAUUCCUUUACUACAGGAAGAAAGUGGCAGAAAUAAGGAAAGAAAAUCAAAACUCCCAGGCAGCCUCUUCCCAGAAAGCCGACGCGGAGACGCGGAGCUCUGCCGAGAAGCUGGCGCAGUUCGUGGCCGCUGGGGGGCCCGAGGUGGAGCAAAUCGCCCUGCAGAACAACAGGGACAACCCUGCCUUCAGGUUCCUGUACGAGCCCCACAGCCAAGGGCACCGCUAUUACCGCCAGAAGCUCGAGGAGUUCCGCAGGGCCCGCGGCGCCGCCCCUUUUCCCGGGAAUCCCCCUUUUCCCGGGAAUCCCCCUUUUCCUGGGAAUCCUCCUUUUCCCGGAGAAUCCAGCCUCAAACGCAAAGGCAGCCCCGAGGCCGCUCCCUCCCCGCUGUGCUUCCCCCCUCUCCCCGUUCCCAUCCCGCCUCCUCCGGCUCUCCCCGUUCCCUCUCCCGUUAUUCCCAAUGCUCUUCCCAUUCCCUCGGCCGCUCCCGCCCCAUCCUCAUCCUCCGCCUCCCCUCCGGAUCAGCCGGCCCCAAAUCAUCCCACCCCGAUCCCAAAUCCCAGCCCGAUCCCAAACCCGGCUGCCAUCCCGAAUCCCGCCCUGCUGACCCCGAAUCCCGCCCCGAUCCCAAAUCCCGCCCCGAUCCCGAAUCCCGCCCCGGGCAGCACCAAAAAGAAGAGGAAGAGUCGCUGGGGGCCCGAGGAGGAGAAGGUGGAGCUGCCCCUGCCACAGCUGGUGCAGCAGCUGGAUUCUCCCUCUCCCCUCUCAGUUCAGGACCUGAAGGGUCUGGGGUAUGAGAAGGGCAAACCCGUGGGGCUGGUGGGGGUCACGGAGCUCUCCGAGGCCCAGAAGAAGCAGCUGAAGGAGCAGCAGGAGAUGCAGCAGAUGUAUGACAUGAUCAUGAAGCACAAGCGGGCGAUGCAGGAGAUGCAGCUGCUGUGGGAGCGGGCGCUGCAGCAGCACCAGCACGGCUACGACAGCGACGAGGAGGUGGACAGCGAGCUGGGCACGUGGGAGCACCGCCUGCGCCGCAUGGAGAUGGACAAAACCCGGGAGUGGGCGGAGCAGCUGACCCAGAUGGGCCGAGGGAAACAUUUCAUCGGGGAUUUCCUCCCUCCUGACGAGCUGGAAAAAUUCAUGGAGACCUUCAAGGCACUCAAGGAGGGCCGGGAGCCAGAUUAUUCCGAGUACAAGGAAUUCAAGCUGACUGUGGAAAACAUUGGAUACCAAAUGCUGAUGAAAAUGGGAUGGAAGGAAGGAGAGGGAUUGGGAUCCGAUGGACAGGGAAUUAAAAAUCCUGUCAGCAAGGGCACCACGGCCAUGGACGGGGCCGGGUUCGGCAUCGAGCGCCCGGCGGAGCUGAGCAAGGAGGACGACGAGUACGAGGCCUUCCGGAAACGGAUGAUGCUGGCAUACCGCUUCCGGGACUGA